GGGUUUCUCUAUUUUCUUCUAGCAGCUGCUCGGUGUAUUCUCCUCCGGCCACCGCACUCGUCAUCACUGCAAUGGAUUCUGAAAUCAAGAAUGCAAAGGUUGAAAAAAUUGUGGGUCGUACUGGUUCAAGAGGGCAGGUGACUCAGGUUAGAGUGAGGUUUCUGGGUGAUUCAAACCGUGUCAUCAUGAGGAACGUGAAAGGGCCAGUUAGAGAAGGUGAUGUUCUUACCCUGCUUGAGUCUGAAAGAGAAGCAAGGAGGUUGCGCUAGAGAACUACUCAAUGGAUUUGAUAAAGUUUAGGUUUUUAAUAUUUUGGUUCUGGAUAUGAUAAAGUAUAGAUUUUGGCCAAUGUUAUUAUCAUACACUAAAAUUCUGCACUUAUUAUGAAAUCCCAUUUUGUUUGGUCAA